AUGAUACAGCCCUCCUCGGGAGAACUAAUUGGCUUCUCCGGAGAAAGAGUCCCCAUCAUGGGACAUAUAUGGCUGAGGAAUACAAUGGGAGAGAUCCCUAUGUCAAAAUCCAUUGAUAUUCAAUACCUAAUAGUAGAUUAUUAUAGCCCUUAUAAUAUUAUAAUCGGGAGACCCGCCUUGAAUAUAUUCAGAGCGGUGGUGUCCACAUUACACAUGUGUGUUAAGUUUAUAGUGCAGGAAAACAAGAUAGCUACAAUGUACGCCAACCAUCAAGAAGCUCGGCAGUGCUACAAUGCUUGUCUAAAGCAAGCCCAUACGAAGGAGACAACUCGGCCCCAGGUCCAAUCCAUACAUAGCUCGGCUGACAUCACAAUGUUAGCCGAUCUCGACCCGAGAGAAGAUCUCGGCGAAAGACCUCGGCCAAUGGACAACCUUCACAAAUUAACACUAACAGCAGAUGAAGAGCAAUACACACACAUCGGAGAAGAACUAGAAGGAAAUGAACGAGUAAGACUUGUACACAUACUGGGCCAGAACGCCGACCUAUUCGCAUGGACACCAGACGACAUGCCAGGAAUAAGCCCGGAAGUCAUCUGCCACAAAUUAGCAAUUGACAAAACAGUCCGACCAGUGGCACAAAAGAAGAGAAACCUCGGAGAAGAGAAAAAACAAGCAGUACUUGAAGAGACCAAGAAGCUCCUCAACGCAGGUUUUAUCAGAGAAAUUCGCUUCACCACAUGGCUAAGUGGUAAUGUUGAUAGCGCUUCUGGUUUCAAAGCCUUGAGUUUUAUGGAUGCAUACUCUGGUUAUAACCAGAUUUUGAUACACCCAGAAGACCAAAGCAAAACAGCUUUCAUAACAGAACAUGGAAAUUUUUGUUACAAGGUAAUGCCUUUUGGCUUAAAGAAUGCAGGUGCGACAUACCAAAGAUUAAUGGACAAAGUAUUCCAACAACAGAUAGGAAGGAACAUGAAAGUCUAUGUAGAUGAUAUGGUGGCAAAAACGCCUGCGCAAGGGUCACACUGUGAUGACUUGAUAGAGAUCUUCAACCAACUCUGA